CGCUGAUUUUCGUUCACUUUCAUACCUCUAGAUGGCGCUACAUGUAUUCUAUUUGGUUACCGAUUGACUCAGUUUCCGUUUCCUUUUGAAAUAAGUGUUGACUUUUGUUUUCUUUAGUUGGUUAAUUUAAUCAUCAUGCCACCUAAAAAAGACGCUGGUAAAAAAACUGAUACUAAGGCUCCUAAGAAAAAGGAAGGAGGAGGAGGAAAGGCCAAGAAAAAGAAAUGGUCAAAAGGAAAAGUCCGAGAUAAGUUAAACAAUUUGGUUCUGUUUGAUAAAGCCACUUAUGAUAAAUUAUUGAAAGAAGUACCUAGUUACAAACUUAUCACUCCUUCAGUUGUUUCUGAAAGAAUGAAAAUUAGAGGAUCACUUGCAAGAAAAGCCUUGGAGGAACUUGCUAGUAAAGGAUUAAUUAAACAAGUGAUUAAACAUCAUUCUCAAAUCAUCUAUACACGUAACACUGUUGCUGGUGAAGUUCAAUAAUCUGUUUAUAUAAUAAUAAUUUCUGAUUAUCAAACUUUUUUUUGGUAAAUAAAAUGCUUUGAGAAUCCAACAA